AUGGCCACUCACACCAUGGCAGCUUCACAUAACAAGGCUGAAGCCUCAAGUGAUUCAAAAGAGGACAACAGACCUGCCAUGCCCCAGGAUGACCAUCUAAGGACUCUGAAGGCCUUGGCAGAGAAACUGCAAUUAGAAACUAAGAGGCCAUCUCACCUUGAGUGGAGGACUCAGCUGGAGGCUCGGAAAUGCAAGGGCUGCAAAACUGGUGUGGAGCCCCUGGUGACAAGUAAGGUGGAGGAUAGAGGGGUCUUGGGCCCAGUGAAGUGGCCCAUUCAACCUCUCCUGAACACAGCCGUGUAUCAGGCUGGCAUGCGCCCCUCAGGAACACUGAGGGGCUUUGGGAGUAUAGAUGAGGCUCUGGUUUGGCUCAAGAAAGAGUUGACAGACAUGCGUUUGCAGGAUCAGCGACUAGCCCACCAGCUAUUGCAUCUUAGGAAUGACAUUAAUAAGCUGAAAAUCGAACAGACUUGUAACCAGCAUCGAAAGAUGCUCAAUGAUGCCACAGUUGAGCUGGAGGAACGUGAUGAACUAUCUGACCUGCUUUGUGAUUUUCCUGUUUCCUCCGGAUUCAGCCUCUCCAGCCCACUUAAACUGAUUGGAGUCACCAAGAUGAACAUCAACUCUCGUCGCUUUUCUCUGUGCUAG